AUGGUCGACAACUACAAGAAUUGGCACGAGCAGUUGCCUUAUGCUUUGUUGGGGUACAGAACGACAACCCGAACUUCCACUGGAGCAACCCCAUACCUCCUUGUCUAUGGUACAGAAGCGGUCAUACCCGCAGAAGUGGAAAUCCCUUCACUCAGGAUCAUCCAAGAGGCGGAGCUAAAGGAUGCAGAAUGGGUCAGAAAUUGUUACGAACAAUUGGCUAUGAUAGAUGAGAAGAAAAUGGUGGCAGUAUACCACAGACAGAUGUACAGGCAAAGGAUGUCUCGAGCCUUCAAUAAGCGGGUCAGAACCCGACUUUUCCAGAUUGGAGUACUCAUGCUCAAGCGAGUCUUCCCUCAUCAAGAGGAACAUAAAGGGAAAUUCGCGCCAAACUGGCAAGGACCAUACAUGGUCAGGAAAGUACUCUCAGGAGGAGCUGUAGUAGUAGCCGAGAUGGAUGGGCAAGAGUGUCCUAAAGCCAUCAAUGCGGACGCGCUCAAGAGAUACUACAUUUAG